AUGUUCCGCUGUAUUGGGAAUGCCGAGCCGACAGGAAGUUGUGACAGAGAAAUGAAAGGCUGUCCUGAUGAUAGUUCAUGUUUUUUGGGACCUUUUGGGCCAGGCCUAUGCUGCAACAAAAAGGUUGAAGAAGAAUGGUUGGACGAAUUGAAUCCAGAGUGUGAAGGACACAUGGAGUGGGGCGAAAAGGCAUGGAAGAAUAUAGAGUAUUUAUUGGGGCGCAAAUGUGCCCACAGAUUCUGUCCGAAAGACUACGUAUGCGUGCAAAAAAUACAUUUGGCCCAGUGCUGCCAAAGGGCAAACAAGACUGUUAAAGAACCUUGA